GGGAGACCAGAUAUAGUGAAUGCAGGGUCCAGGGAGAGCAGAUAUAGUGAAUGCAGGGUCCGGGGACACCAGAUAUAGUGUGAAUGCAGGGUCCAGGAGACCAUAUAUAGUGAAUGCAGGGUCUGGGGAGACCAGAUAUUGUGAAUGCAGGGUCCAUGGAGAACCAGAUAUAGUGAAUGCAGGGUCCGGGGAGACCGGAUAUAGUGAAUGCAGGGUCCGGUGAGAGCGGAUAUAGUGAAUGCAGGGUCCGGGGAGAGCGGAUAUAGUGAAUUCAGGGUCCGGG